AUGGCACACUCUAAACGGAAUACCUCCCUUCCACACUUCACCUCCUACGAGCGCGGUCUCCUGCGAGCUUCCUGGGGCACCCAGCGUGGCGUCAUCGGCCGCGACUCCUUCCUACCUUUCGGGUCCUGUCGGCUCUGUCUACACCCUGCGCGCUCCCCAACCGUUGCCUGUGCUGCGAACGGGGACCUCUUCUGCCGAGAAUGCGUGAUAAACGAUCUGCUUGCGCAGCGACAGGAGAUCAAACGACUCGAGCGCGAACGGGACGACGCGAAGAAGCGACUCGCAGAAGACGAGGAGCGGACACUGGAGGAAGCACGGACGCGGGAAUUAUAUGAGUUCGAACUUGUCAGCAUGGGGUUGGAGGCGGCAAAGAAGCAGGGGAAUUCGGGCGGAAGUGAGAAUCAGAAAAAGAGGAAAGCAGAAACGGAGGAGGCCCUGGCGGCGUUUAAGGCGAGGGAGGUCGAUGUUGGAGGCGGCAAGCGGAAGAAGGUGUUUGAACUAGAUGAGAAGGAAAUGGCACAGGUAGCCCGGAAGGAACAAGAGCGGCUGAAGCAGGAGCUUAAAAAGGAAAAGUCGGAAUCGAGCAAAUCAGCUUUACCAUCAUUCUGGGUACCGUCGUUAACACCAGGAACGGAUCCAAAUGAAAUCGCAGCGAAUAAAGCUGUCAAGCUGACUCCGAUUUGCCCCGGGUCUACAGAAUCCAAGCAACAUAGCUACUCGCUCAAGUCGCUGGUCGACGUGCAUUUUACCGAAGAACCGGGGGCUGAGGGGUCUGUGGCUAGGGUGUGUCCGAGCUGCAAGAAGACUCUCUCGAACACAUUUAAGGUGAUACUUACUAAACCGUGCGGUCAUGUCAUCUGCAAACCAUGUGUAGAUAAGUUCAUGACGCCUCAUGAUGCUCCGGAUCCACAUGCUACAAAAGAGGAGCAAGAGCAAACUGCUGCUCUCCACGGGCGGAUUCUAUGCUACGUUUGUGAAACAGAUCUUACCCGGCGUGAAUCUACAGGAGAUGGAGAAGCAGACGCGGGUGCUAAAAAGAAGAAGAAAAAGAAGGAUAAGGAGCAAGGUAUUCAACCUGGCAUGGUGGAGAUCAGCUCCGAGGGUACAGGAUUUGCGGGGCGCGGAGGGAAUAUUGCGACGAAGUCGGGUGUUGCAUUUCAAUGCUGA